CUUCAAGCCGAGCUUGACGCAGCUUUCCCAGAGGCCGACGACAUUUGGCAAGCCGAGCUGCACGAUCUCGAACAAUUGCCGUUUCUGAAUGCCACGGCCAAAGAAGCAUUGCGAUGGUCUCAAGCCGUGCCCGGUAUCCUGCCUCGCACCGUCCCUGCUGCAGGUUACAAGCGCGGCAAAGUGUACCUACCACCGGGCACUUCUGUAGGAAUGUCUACGCUAUACGUCCACUUUAACCCCACCAUCUUUUCAUCGCCAGAUACUUUUGAUCCAUCGCGCUGGUUCCUGCCGGGCACCAAGGACCUCAACCACCAUCUGGAGCACUACCUCGUCGCCUUUUCCAAGGGUUCGCGAAGAUGUCUAGGCCUG